AAAAACAAAAAAACCAUCCUCCCACCUAUGGCUGAACAUCCGCCUCAUUCUUUCUUCUAGCGCCUCGUAUAUCUGAUCCACAAUUUGGGUCGAUUCAAAUAUUUGAAUAGACCCAACACAGCAGCAACAGCGGCUGUUCCGUUUCCUGUUUAGCUAAGUAUCCGUUUACAUGAAUGAAUAUAUAAUCAAGAGUUAAUUCGGGGGCACUUGACGAUUAAUUUCCAAAUCAUUUGCUGCUCUUUUUUCAUGACGAAACAAAUUGUUCUGCGGGCGCCCCCGUCUUAUACGGACCGCCGGCAGCCACUCCUGACCCAAGAAGAAACCGGCUCGCGCCGAGGAAGCAAGCGGGUGGCGGAGGUCGUGGGAGGGACCACUGCCGAAUGCGUGGCAGUCUGCUGCUGCUGCCCGUGCGGGCUGGUGAAUUUGCUGGUCUUGGCCGUCUAUAAAGUACCGGCGGGGCUAUGUCGGAAGGCACUGAGGCAGAAACGGCGCCGCAAGCUGAAGAAUGGGGGACAUUUGCCGCCCCGGAAAUGCGGCUGCAAUGACGUCGAGCUAUUCCAGCUCCACCCCCUCCCGGGGCCACUUCUCACGGCGGAGUCGGACAAAGACGUGGUGGAGCUAGAGAAGGAAAUGUGGGACAAAUUUUACAGCACUGGAUUUUGGAGAAGUCCCUCCCAGAGGAGCGACUCCGCCGUAAAUUCGUCGCUGUAAAAGAUUUAAAAGGGGGGAUGGGGGAAAUGAAGAGAACAAAUAUUCGUCCCAGUAAAUGUUUCAGUUUUUUUUUCCCUUUUAUUUUUUUAAUUUACUGGGUUGAUUUUUUUUCCCUGCUUCUUGUAAGAUGUAAUUGUCAAUCAUAUUUGGUGGUGGUUUCUUCUGUAAACUCAAGAGGGGAAUAAUUUGUCUCCCUUCUUAAUUUGGUGAUUGAUGUACAGAAAAUCAAUAUCGGCGCUAAUACUUUUUUUU